UUUUCUCUCACGCAGUUGGUCGACUUAAAAUUCAAUUAUUAUUUAUCUAUUUAUUAUUAUUAUUUAUGUAUAGAAAAAAUAAAAAAAAUUUACGUUAAAAUAACAUACGUCAAUAUAUUAUAAUUAAAAACAUCAGAGACAUUUAAUAAACAAAAAAAAAAAAAUAAAGUGAGAUAAAAGUUAUAUUAUGUAGGUAUAUAUAUCAAUAAAAAAAUAAUAAUAAAUAAUUUUUUUUUGUUGAAUUUAAAUUAUGAUGAUGAAAAAGUGAAAACAUACAUUGGUCAUUUAAUUUUUUGAUAAAAAAAAAGUAAAAAUUAUUGUGAAUAGAAAAUUUUUAAAUAAAUUAAAUUAUUUGUUUUUAUUAGUUAAUAAUAUUUUUGUGUAAAAAAAGUGACCAUUCCAUGGCGAUAGUUGCGACGAGAAAAGAAGGAACUUGCUCCUGUCGCCGAGCUUCCUUGCCUUCUACGUCAUCGACGAGAGUUGUGUUUCCUCCACUUAUUCGGUGAAUGUAUACGCAAAUAAAUCGGCAUAUUAAAAAUAAUUUUUCUAUAAAAAAAAUCCAAGAGAUAACUAAGAUAGUAAAUCUAUAAAAAAAAAGUAAAUAACACAAAAUGAAUUAUUGAAAAUAAAUUUUUUCUUUGAUAACUAAGAAUAGAUAAAAAAAAAUUGAUAAAAAUAUAAAUAAAUAAUAAAAUUAAAAAUAAAUAAAUAGUGUUUUUUAAUAAAAAUAAAACACAAGUGAUUUAAAAAUAUAUGAGAAGAUAAAUUAAGAGUGUUAUAAAGAAAAAAAAAAAAAUAUACCUAUAUAUAUAAAUACACAUUUGCAUAUAUAUACUAUAUAUUUUUUUUAUAAAUAAUAAUAAAAAAAAUAAAGCCCAGAGGCAGGAGAACGCGGGACUUGAAACCGCGUCACCGCCCAUAUGUGAUGUGUCCAAGUGAAUGAGUAAUCAUGUACUGUCAGGACAAGAGCUCAACGGCAUCCAAGAGCAAAGAGGGUGGUACUGUGACGAUGAGAGAAAAAAAAGGUGGUGCAUUAAGCAGAGUUCAAAAAUUAAAAAAACGUCUUAGUCAUAGUUUUGGACGACUUUCCAUUUCAAAAGAAGAAGCUGAAGAUGUUGCUAAUCGAGGACCCUUACCAUACAAUGGUUUUUCCGAGGAGUUUCUCGAUCGUUUAGAAAGAAAUGGCAAUUUACCUGUAGAUAAAGAUAGACGAUACGCAAAAUCGAUAACAUCAACAUCUAUAUCACAUGUCUCAGACUGGGCCGGUGUUGGUGAUCAUGACAGAGUACAUCGACAAUUAUCAGUAUCAAGUGAUUCAAAAUUACUUGAUGAUGAUAUUAGAGAAGAAGCAAGAGUUAUACUACGGCCACGUAGACCACCAAGACCAAAAUCAGAAGUUUUUCUUGGACCAGAUCCAGCACCAAGAAGAACUAAAAGAUUUUCUGCAUUUGGGGGUGAUUCACCGUUUGGUAAAUCCGAGGGAUAUAUUAAAUUGGAACAAUUAGGUGAAGGUUCAUAUGCCACUGUGUUCAAAGGUUACAGUCAUCUUGCUGAACAAAUUGUUGCACUAAAAGAAAUAAGAUUACAAGAAGAAGAAGGUGCACCAUUUACUGCCAUACGUGAAGCAAGUUUAUUGAAAGAAUUAAAACACAGUAAUAUUGUAACAUUACAUGACAUUAUACAUACACGUGAAACAUUGACAUUUGUAUUUGAAUUUGUUCAUACUGAUCUUUCACAAUAUAUGGAAAGAUAUGGAAGUGGUGGAGGUGGUUUGGAUCCAAGAAAUGUUAAAUUAUUUUUAUUUCAAUUAUUACGAGGACUGGCCUACUGCCAUCGCAGAAAAGUUCUUCAUCGUGAUGUUAAACCACAAAAUCUUUUAAUUAGUGAAUUAGGCGAAUUAAAAUUAGCUGAUUUUGGUUUAGCAAGAGCAAAAUCAGUACCAUCACAUACGUAUUCACAUGAAGUUGUAACAUUAUGGUAUAGACCACCAGAUGUAUUACUUGGUUCAACUGAAUAUUCAACAUCACUUGAUAUGUGGGGUGUUGGUUGUAUAUUUGUUGAAAUGUUAACUGGUGUACCAACAUUUCCAGGUGUACGUUGUACAUAUGAUCAACUUGAUAAAAUAUUUAAAAUAUUAGGUACACCAACUGAUGAUACAUGGCCUGGUGUAACAAGAUUACCUGGCUAUAAACCACAUCGUUUUGCAUUAUAUCCAAUGAAAAAAUUAGGCUUAUCAUUUCCAAGAUUAUAUGAUAUUGCUGAGGGUGAUAGUAUGGCUUGUGCAUUACUUCAACUUAAUCCUGAUAAUAGAAUUGAUGCUGAAGAAGCAUUGAAACAUUCAUAUUUUUCAACAUUACCUAAAAAACUUUAUGAACUACCUGAUGAGGUAUCGAUAUUUACGGUCGAAGGAAUAUUCCUGUUCACUGAAUCUCGACAGACAUUCGCAGAUUCACGUCACACAACACUCAAGACCUGAGGUCGAGCGUAACAACGUUUAAAAAGAAAAUAAUAAAUAAAUAAAUAAAAAAUAGAUGAAUUACUUUAGUGGUAAUAAUAAAAAUAUAUAUAUACAUAUAUAUUGAACAAAUUUAAAUUGAGCUCAGCUGGGAAACAAGUGAAAAAGAGAAAGAAAGCUGAAACGCCGGAUACAAUGCAAAAUAAUGUUCCAUUCAUUCUCACGAGUGUCAUUGAAAUCAUUUUAUUCUAUUUUUUUUUUUUUUUUUUUCUAACAAAUAAUAAAGAACAAUGAUAAAACUCGUUAAUCUCUUAUUUACGUGAGAAUAUUGUAAAAAAAAAUUUUUAUUAUUCGAUUAUUAUAUUGUUUUUUUAAUUUUAAUUUUUAUUAUAUAUUAUUUCUAUUGAAAAAGUGCAACGUUUACAAGUUUUUUAAUUGUGUUGUUUUUUUUUUUAUAUCAAAAAUAAUCUUGAUGAUUAGAAAUUAAAUUUAUUUAAAAAAAAAAAAUUGAUUUUAGAAAAUAUUUCAUAUGCAUUUUUAAAAGCACGCUGAAUUUAGUGAAAACUUAAAAAAUGCAAAAGCACGCAGUCCCAUCCUUGCACUUCGUCCAAAUAUUAGAUAGUAGACUGAAUAUCAAUCAAAAGAGAUUUAAUUGAAAAAGAUAAUAACAAAAAAUGCAAAAUAGAAAUUAAAAAAAAUUUUUUAAAUAAAAAAAUUAAUGUCACUUGAAAUUGUACUUGUCGAUUAAAAAUUUUACAAUUUAAAAAUAAAGAAAAAACAAAAAACAAUUUCAAGAUGACAAAAAAUUAAAUGUAGUUAAUAAAAAAAAAUAAUAAUAAUAAAUUGAUAACAAUAUUGUUAUCAGCAAAGAGAUUGUCAUCAUUAGGAAAAGUAAUAAUAAUAAAAAAAAUUUGUUGAAUAAAUAAAUGGAAGAUCUGUAGCGUUCAAAAUUCAAAUAGAAAAAAAAAUUUUUUUUCGGUGAUAAAAUCAGACUCUACUCAUAAAUAACCGU